AAUUAUUCUAUCUAAUAAGCAGGUGUCUCCAGAAGCCUGAUCCUUAGUUCCUGAAAUGCUGCAUCUAAUUCUCAUUGUAUUAUGGAGCUGUUGCGCAACAGCCGAUGUCAACGAGCUGCUAUACAAACCUGAACCUUAUUCCGCAUCUCCGUUGCCUACGUCAGAUCCCGAUCCUACUAACGAGAAACAAUUGGAUUCACAGUCGAUAUCAGAACGGUUUGAACCCAGGCCAUAUAGUGUACUACUAAAUAGUAUCAACACCGAACAACAAUCCCCAGAAACUUUGGAACAUCUUUACGGAGUAGUUCAAGUCGAGGAAUCUGUUGGAGUGCCAUUUGAGCUUUUAAAUGACGCUGUUGAAGUCGUUGACGCCGUGAAUAUUCUUCCACUAGACGAAUCACAAGAGGAAUUGGUGCAGUUUGAGCCACACAUCAAAACCGUCCAGUUGACAUCUGCCCACGCCGAUUACCAGGGGCCGUAUCAGUAUGAGAAACCAAAAUUGCAGCUCGAGUACGGAAUACCCGAUGCACCGAAGCUUCAAGUAGUGGAAUCGUCCGCUCUUAAUAACGACUACCUUCCACCACGGUUGGCCAGGAAUUCCCUUGCAAAACGUCACUUGAAAUUGAUCGUCAAACGACUGACUUAGGAUUAUACAGAGAGAAA